AUGGAGAAGCAGCAGAUCCCGGUCCAGCAGGCUCCCCAGGCAUGGGACCCCAAGGCGCAGCCCGCCGGCGCCCCCCUCGGGGCGUACGCCCCGCAGCCCGGCGCGCCGGGAUACCCGGUCGCUGCCGGCCAGCAGCCCGGGUACGCCGCGCAGCCAGGCAUGGUCGUCGUCCAGGCGGGGCCGUACCCCACCGCCACGUUCUGCCCCGUCACGGGCGGCGCGCACGACCCCGACGAGCGCAUGGGUCUGAUCGGUAUCAUUAUCGGCAUCGUCUUCUGCCCUUGCGGUAUCAUUGCAUGUUUCAUGGACAAGAAGAUCACCUGCAGGAACUGCAAGUUCGUCAUCAAGGAGUCGUGGGGUGGCGCGUAA